AGCAAUACCACCCAUUGUCCUGGCUUAUGGAUAUCGAUUAGGGUGUGAGGCCUUUAUGAAAGAACAAACACAUUUAUCAGAGAUCUACUUUGCAAUCAACAAUGUCGACUUUCUAUCAUUGGUUGAAAUGACAUGUCGAUCAUCGAUACCUUGGUGUUCGUUUUUGUCAGAAAGUGACGAGUAUACAUACAACAUGUCCAUACAACGCAAGGUUGUAGUAGCUAAAAGAGAUGUGCUACAGGAAAGAAAUGUAGAUGCUUUGGUUGUUCUUGAAGACCCAUUGAUGCAUGGAGAAGAACGAAUAGCUAAACAUGUUUUACAAUCAAAAUGUCAAGUUUAUAAAAGCAACAGAGAAAAACUUAAGAAAAGACAACAUCCACCCGGAUCGGCAGCAGCUUGUGAAUACGUAGGAAAUCUCCAGUACAAUAAAAUUGUUCAUAUUUACAUGCCAGACUGCAAACAGUGGAAAGAAGAAGAUGUUUUAAACUAUAAAACGUGCAUAUCUAAUGCACUGACGUCAAUAAAGGAAGCAAAUAUCAGCAUUGCAAUGGAAUUAUUUGUUGGAGACACAAAAUCGAAACCAGUCAUAAGGUAUUAUGCGAAAGCGUUGGCAGAAGCCGUGAUAGAACAUACCACAAGCAAAGAAUCAACCCUCCAGAAGAUUUUUAUCCUGAAUGCGAACCCUGUAUGUCAUGGACUUGUUAUGGAGGAGUUCAGCAGAUUUUUGAUGAGCAUGUGCAAUUCAAACGCCUAUUUUGAAGAUGAAGUUUUUGUGAAUUGUGGAGGUGUAAUGAAAACAGUUGAAUCACAAAUUUAAAACUGGUCAUUGUUAUCGCAACACAUGGAGCUGUGUAAUAGUUUGAAAACUUGAUAGAACUAAACUACAUUUUCGAGAUUUUUCAAAAUCUAA